AUGAUCGCUAAAGCCGCAGUCAUCUUGUCCGUAGUGGCGGUAGCCGCCGCCGGUGUCCUGCACGGAUACGGUGGUGAGAGCUAUGGACACGAAGCGGUCGCAUACGCGCCCGUUGCCCAACUUUCCCACUACGAAGCACAGGAUGAACAUGUCGACUACCACGCUCACCCUAAAUACGACUACUCUUACUCCGUAUCCGACCCCCACACUGGUGACCACAAGGAACAACACGAAGUUCGUGAUGGUGACAUCGUGAAGGGUGAAUACUCUCUGCUCCAACCCGAUGGCUCUUUCCGUAAGGUCACCUACACCGCUGAUGAUCACAAUGGUUUCAACGCGAUCGUCCACAACACAGCGCCCGUUCACGCCGAAUACCACCAC